UCGCGCGUCGCCGGCCCAGAGCAACGCGGGGAGCCCGGCCGCUUCAAGCGGGGUGUGAAGAGAAAAAAAAUGACAUUCCAAUGGGCGGCAGUUGCAACCUUUCUUUAUGCUGAAAUAGGACUCAUUUUAAUCUUCUGUCUACCUUUUAUUCCUCCUCAGAGAUGGCAGAAGAUUUUUUCAUUUAAUAUCUGGGGUAAAAUUGCAACCUUUUGGAACAAGGCUUUUCUUACUAUUAUAGUCCUAUUGAUUGUUCUGUUUCUAGAUGCUGUGAGGGAAGUAAGGAAAUAUUCCUCUGUUACUACUGUUGAAAAGAGCUUACCCAGCAGACCUGGUGCCCAUGAACAUACACAGAUGAAACUUUUUAGGUCUCAAAGAAAUCUUUACAUUUCUGGAUUUUCAUUAUUUUUUUGGCUAGUGCUGAGACGUCUGGUUACUCUUAUUACUCAGUUGGCAAAAGAACUAUCAAACAAAGGAGUACUUAAAAGUCAAGCAGAAGAUGCUAAUGAAACUGCCAAAAAAUUCAUGAAAGAGAAUGAGAAACUAAGACAGCUCUUGAAAAGCUGUAACAAGGAAGAGGAACACCUUUUGGAAGCACAAAACAAAAAACUGGUAAAAGACCAGGAAAAACUGAAAACUGAAUUAAAGAAGACUUCAGAUGCCCUUUCUAGGGCACAAAAUGACCUGGUAACAAUGAAGAUACAAUCAGAGAAUCUUUCAAAAGAAUACGACCGACUCCUAAAAGAACACUCAGAACUUCAGGGUCGUCUAGGAAAAGGCAGCAAGAAAGGCCAGUGAACUGUAUGAAAGAAGAUUGCGACACACAUGUCAAGAUAAUGAAUUUGUGAUCAUGUUAGCCUCUAGAAAAUUUAAAAUUCAGUCCAGAAAAAUGUACUCUGACCAGCCAGUAUUUUUUAAAUGUCAUGCACAAUGGCAUCAUCACAAUAUUUGAUGAUGUUUUACACAUGUUGUACAGUACUCUGGCUCUUAAAUAAAAUAUAAGCAUGUUGCACACAAUAUUUAUAUAUUCAUAGUAACACUGGUGGAUGGUGGUUGUUUACCAAUAGAAGGAAAAAGUCAUUAGCCAGUUUCUUCCAAAAUUAGAUUUUUAAGUUGCAUAAAACCAUUAAUAGCCUUUAAAUCUUUGAUGAGGUUCCCCUACUAAUAAUCUAAUUAAUCAUAUGAUGAUAAUGAUUAUGUAUUUGAGUAUAGUAUCCAGUACCAGCAAAUGUGUUCAUAGGGAUAUUAAAUAAGGGUAAAUGAUCACAAGUUGCCACUAUAGAGAAGAGUCAGAAAGUGCAAAAAAUAAAAACAGUGACCUUAGGCUUUUUAAGACUGAUGAUACUAUGGUUUACUCUCAUGAGACAGCUAUAUUUAUAAUUUUUGUUACUGUGCUUCUGCAACUGUUGGACUGUUUUUGUUGACAUUUGUGUUAAUAACAUAAGUGUUCAACCUUUUAAAAGUUUAUUUAGGAAUGGAGUUUACAUCUAUUUGCAUUAACUGUUAGAGCACUGAACUGAAAUUAUUUUACAAUAAUGAGGAAUUCUUGACUCAGAAAGUUAAUGUACAACAUAUUAAAAAAAAACAAGUAUUUCCCAUUGCUGUGAGAGUUACUAAUUAUACAAAUAUUACCUCAAAUAUACAUCGGGAGUCACGGUUUUUCUGAGAUGUUUCUGUACUCUGGAAGCUAAAUAAUAAUAUUUUUUCAUUCAAA